AUGUCAGAACCUCUGUUGACGUCCAUUGUGGCAGGGAGCACCGCAGCGGUGUUCCAAACAACAGUGUCGUACCCAUUCGAGAUGUUGAAGACCGGACUGCAGCUCCAUCGCUCGCUACCGGGCGUUCCGCCCUUUGAGAUGAUGCACCAGCUAAAAACGUACUUUGCUGGGUGCGCUGCCCUCAACGUCGGAACACUGCUGAAGACGGCCACGCGAUUCACAACCUUCGACAGCGCCUGUCAGCUUCUACGGGACCCCGAAAGCGGAUCCAAGGCAAUCAGUGGACCGCGCUUGCUAGCAGCAGGUGUCAUCACUGGUUUCAUGGAGUCGCUGCUAGUGAUCCCGUUCGAGAAUAUCAAAACUACGAUGAUCGAAAAUGCACUGGCUCCGAAGCCAGAAAAGGCUGCUCAGGAUAUAAGACCCAAGUUCCAUGCACAGAAGAACUCCUCAAUGAAUCCUCGUCAAAAGUGGUUCGUGCACUAUGAAGCACUCCCUUCCACAAAUUUCUUGUCUACAAUACAAGAAAUAUAUCGAACUCGGGGCUUUCGAGGCUUUGCCCAAGGCUCUGUGUGUACCAUUAUUCGACAGACCUCCAACUCUGCGGUUCGCUUCACUACGUAUACCACCCUUAAGCAAUUUGUGUCCCCAAACAAGCCGCUUAACGAGUACUACGCUUUUGCCCUAGGGCUUGUUUCAUCGUGCGCUGUUGUGGCAGUGACCCAACCAAUCGAUGUUGUUAAAACGAGAAUGCAGUCAAAAUACUCUUGGAUGAACUAUAAAAACUCGUUGAAUUGUGCUUAUAGAAUAUUUGUGGAAGAGGGUUUCCCCAAAUUCUGGAAGGGCUGGGCACCACGGUUAAUGAAGGUGGGGUUAUCUGGCGGUGUCUCAUUCGGAGUGUUCCAAUAUACGGAGAAUUUGAUGAACUCAAUGACGAAGCCGAAGAAUAUGGGUCAUGACUAG